UUGCGCUGCUACGUCAUCUUUACGCGACGUUCGGUUCGGUGUGUGUGUCGCCGGCUUCUCGAGGGUCCAUGUGAUUUUCACGCCAGUGCUGCUGAACGGUCCAGGAGAGGGAGCUGGCCGAGUCCCAUUAAUUGUCCUUGAGUCCAGGUGUCUCGUCGGGCCCUCUGGGGCUCAGUGGUGUGAAGGAGGCAACAGUCAAUUAUAUGGAAUUAUGGCUGGGUAUAAGCCUGUAGCUAUUCAGACAUAUCCUAUACUUGGUGAAAAAAUUACCCAAGAUACACUGUACUGGAACAACUAUAAGACCCCUGUUCAGAUUAAGGAAUUUGGUGCAGUUUCAAAAGUAGACUUUUCUCCUCAGCCUCCAUAUAAUUAUGCUGUCACAGCUUCCUCAAGAAUUCACAUUUAUGGCCGUUACUCCCAGGAACCUAUAAAAACCUUUUCUCGAUUUAAAGACACAGCAUACUGUGCUACUUUUCGACAAGAUGGUAGAUUGCUUGUGGCUGGCAGUGAAGACGGUGGAGUUCAACUUUUUGAUAUAAGUGGAAGGGCUCCCCUCAGGCAGUUUGAAGGCCAUACAAAAGCAGUUCAUACAGUAGAUUUUACAGCUGACAAAUAUCACGUGGUCUCUGGGGCUGAUGAUUAUACAGUUAAAUUAUGGGAUAUUCCGAACUCCAAAGAAAUUCUGACAUUUAAAGAACAUUCUGAUUAUGUGAGAUGUGGAUGUGCUAGCAAACUUAAUCCAGAUCUCUUUAUAACAGGAUCAUAUGAUCAUACUGUGAAGAUGUUUGAUGCACGAACGAAUGAGAGUGUUCUCUCUGUUGAGCAUGGGCAGCCAGUGGAGAGUGUCCUGCUUUUCCCCUCUGGAGGUCUUCUGGUGUCAGCAGGAGGUCGUUAUGUUAAGGUCUGGGACAUGUUAAAAGGAGGACAAUUGCUGGUAUCUCUGAAAAAUCAUCACAAAACUGUGACAUGUUUAUGUCUAAGCAGCUCUGGACAGAGGUUGCUCUCUGGCUCACUGGAUAGGAAGGUAAAAGUAUACAGCACAGCUUCCUACAAAGUAGUCCACAGUUUUGAUUAUGCAGCUUCAAUUUUGAGUCUUGCCCUUGCACAUGAAGAUGAGACAAUAGUUGUAGGAAUGACCAAUGGCAUACUGAGUGUUAAACAUCGGAAAUCUGAAGCAAAGAAGGAAUCGCUUCCCAGAAGAAGGCGGCCUGCAUAUCGAACGUUUAUUAAAGGAAAAAAUUACAUGAAGCAACGGGAUGACAUUUUGAUUAACAGGCCAACAAAGAAACACCUAGAAUUGUAUGACAGGGAUCUGAAACAUUUUCGAAUCUCUAAGGCACUUGACAGAGUUCUUGAGCCUACUUGUGCAAUAAAGACACCCGAGAUUACAGUGUCCAUCAUAAAGGAGUUAAAUCGAAGAGGAGUCCUCGCAAAUGCCCUUGCAGGUCGAGAUGAAAAGGAAAUCAGUCGUGUUCUUAAUUUUUUGAUAAGGAAUCUUUCUCAGCCAAGAUUUGCCCCUGUUUUAAUCAAUGCUGCUGAAAUAAUUAUUGAUAUAUAUCUGCCUGUGAUUGGUCAGUCCCCUGUAGUUGAUAAAAAGUUUUUGCUACUUCAAGGACUUGUAGAAAAAGAGAUUGAUUACCAAAGAGAAUUGUUAGAAACCUUGGGGAUGAUGGAUAUGCUUUUUGCCACCAUGAGAGGGAAGGAAGGCACUUCUGUGUUGGAACAUACAUCUGAUGGAUUUCCAGAGAAUAAGAAGAUAGAAUCAUAGUGUCUGCUAAAUAAGGCAUUUAAGAACUCUGAAGUUGGAAUAGAUUUGCCUCUAUUAAAUGUUGGAAAGAGACUCUCUUUGAUACUUAUAAAAACUAUUUACAGAAGCAGUUCUGUAGAAGAGACUGGAACAAUUGUGGUCGGAAAACAAGUACCUGUUUUAAGUAAGACAUGGUUUUCCAUGUGCUGUUUUGAAUUAUUUUAUAGCAUCUUCACCUAGAAGAUCUCAAUUGUCUUGGACACAGAGUAGGUUUAUGUGGGUUGAGUUGAUAAUAAUUUUAGUACAGGAGUAUUCUGUAUCAACAUUUGGAUUGGUAUUCAGAUGGGAAUUCAAAUAUGAAUCCUCUCUGGAGAGGAUCCAACUGGGAAUCCUGCUAAAGGAACACAGCCUUGUAUUACUUCUGGAAAACAACAACAAAAACAGACGGCAACAACAAAAAGCCUCUUUCUUGACGCUAAUCAGUGCCUUUGGGAUUUCUAGGCCCUUGUGUAGCUUGCUUCCUCUCUCCUUGAUGUCGACACUUGUCUUAGAUCACAUGCCCUGCUUCAGCCGGUAAUGGGAGUGCAGCUGUUCCAAGUGUGGCAAGUUAAGUGGUCAGCUCUGAAGGACUGAUACUAGCCAGAUUUGUAUUCAGUGUGAGAGCAAGGUCUAGAGAUAGACCUGAUUGGUCUAUCUACCUCUUGGUUUUUCUUUCUUCUCUUCAUGCAGCCUUUCUAACAAGUUUUCACCUUGUUUCAGGUCAGAGGAAUGAUAGAAUUUGUCAUUUUUCUUAUAAUAAAGAGCCUUUCAAACUAGUUUUCAUAUGUUUUGAGCUUAUCUUAUAGCUACCUAAUCCUCUGAAAAGUAUUUUCUCUGAUUUGUAUUUAGAUUUUCCCCCCAUUCUUCACAAUCAUAUUGUGUUGUAGAACCCCAAUCCAGAGCAGUUUGCUUUGAAAUAUAGUUGUUUUUGAAAGUUUAAAUAUUAUUUUUUAGAAUUUUUGUUUUUGAAAGAGUCUCGCUCUAUUGCCGGAAUGCAGUAGAGAAGUGCUGUGGCGCAGUCUCGGCUCACGGCAACCUCUGCCUCCCAGGUUCAAGCGGUUCUCCUGCCUCAGCCUUCUGAGUAGCUGGGAUUACAGGUGUGUGCCACCAUGCCUGGCUAGUUUUUGUACUUUUAGUAGAGACAGGGUUUCACCAUACUGGCCAAGCUGGUCUCGAACUCCUGACCUCAAGUGAUCCACCUGCCUAGUCCUCCCAAAGUGCAGGGAUUACAGGCAUGAACCACGGUGCCCAGCCUGUAAAUAUUAUUAUUAUUUUAUAAAGACAUUCUUAUUUUCUUGGCUUUUUGAUGUAUCCAUUCUGGAUGGAUAAUUGUUGGCUAGUAACUUCUAGUACACUGAUUUCAUAGUUGCUACCUCUCCUAACUUUCUCUAAUUCUUGUCCCAACUCAAGUAGUUAAAAAUCAGUAAGAAAAAUGUCUUGAGCUAGAAGAACCUGUAGAGGAAGAUUUUGUAAUGUGAAUCUGCUUUCAUAAUUUUAGUUUGGUAAAUUCAGGGUUUUUUUAAGCAGAAAAAAUACUUAAUAUGUUCUAGUAAGGUUAUUAAGUAAAAAUUAAACAUUAAUAUUUAGGCUAACAUUAACAUUUAAAUUAAUAUACUAAGUGAAUAUACUUAGUAUGUUCUACUACGGGUAUACUCAGAAAUAGGGCCAGUUUCCCUUUCAUGAACCGAUUUCAGCAAUCAUACAGCACAGUGGCCUGUAAGGAACCAGCAGUGUGUUUCUCUGCAUAAUUAUGAAUUUAGUCAAGAUCAGAAGCUGUGUUUUGGGGUUAAUAAGGGUUAAUUUAUUUAAAUAAAGUUUCUAUUUAAAAACCUUUUUAAAACAUUAACGCCAUAAAUAUUCUGAUAAUUUGCAUAGUAGUAAAAAUUAGGAGUUGAAAUUCUACCUAAAGCUGUAUUUGCCAUCAAUUUUGUAACAUGGCAGAGGCUUUCUCACACGUCAUUUCAUUUGAUUCUCACCAUCCGAGAUUGAUAUUAUUUUCAUUUAACAUUGAGUUAACUAAAGUAGUCGAUUCACUCUCCAAGUCCCUGAGUGUGAGCUCUUCAUCCUAGCACUGUGAAAUAGUUUGCCUGCUGCGGCCUAAACUACUCAUUCCCUUGAACAAAACUUCAGAGUGCUGCAGUUCUCAAAAUAUGUCACAGAUACACAUUUUCAAAAAGGUUAGGAAGCAGUACCCAUAGCCAUCAAUACUUAAAUUCAGGAGUACUUUUUGUUGUGUUUUGUUUUGUUUUUAGAGACAAGGUCUCAUUCUGUUGCCCAGGCUGGAGUGUAGUGGUGCGAUCAUAGCUCACUGCAGCUUAGGCCUCCUAGGCUGAAGCUAUCCUCCCACCUCAGCCUCCUGAGAAGCUGAGACUACAGGCAUGAGCUACCAUGCCUGGCUAAUUUUUUAUUUUGAUUUUUUGAGAGAAGAGGUCUCACUACGUUGCCCAGGCCUCAGGCAAUCUCCUGACCUCAAGUGAGCUUCCCACUUCAGCCUCCCAAAUGACUGGGAUGAAAGGCAUCAGCAGGAACGGUUAUUAUAUUCAUUGAGACAAACUGUAGUAUUUGCUCUUUGAAGUACUUAAUUGGCAUAUUACAGUAUGUGACACUGGCCUUGAGAUUCUAAUUUAAAAUGCUUAACAAGAGUUUUAGACUUGUGAGUUUUAGUUGAAAGGUAUUUUAAAAUGUUACUAAGUCUACAAAAGUACUGAAAUGUUUCAGAGAACUUGGAAAGUCACCGUAUGUUUCAUAUAUUAUAUUUAUGAGAGUUAAGAACUUGGGAAGGUUUUGCUUAUGGGGUCAAGCAUUUGCAGUGCUGCUUAUAAGAUAUAAAAAUACUAUUAAGUUGUUUAAAGGAAUUUGGAUUGUAAAUGGGACUGUUAAAACAAAUUUAGUAUGUUCAACUUAAAUGGAUUCUAUCUAAUAAAAUACCCUGAUGGCACCUCUACACUUUAA